AUGCCCUCUGCGGAAGUGACAAACGGCGUCAAUGGAGCGAAGCAAAGCUCUUUGAAAGAUAGUGAGGAAUACAUUGUCAUCGUCGGGGGCUCACUAGGCGGACUAUUCGCCGGCGUUGCUCUCAAAAGCCAUGGAUACAACACAACCAUUCUCGAACGAACACCUACGUUCUUGCUCGAGAAUCAAGGGGCCGGCAUCGUAGCUGGAGGCGACACCAUCGACUUCUUCGACAAAUAUGAUCGCACCGGGAAGCCUGUCGCCGUGCCAAGCUACAAGAGACUGUACUUGGACAAGAAAGGAGACGUUAUCCAUGAGGAAGUCAAUCGGCAGAAUAUGACCUCGUGGGAUUUGGCUUACUAUCUGUUGAGAGCAAAUUACGACCGAGUAGACAGCGCCUACCUCCAAGGGGGUCAACUCCCCGAACAACGCCCAACAGACGGCAAGACAAACUACCGCUACGGCUGCACCGUCACCGACAUAAUCGACCAAGGAGAUAAAGUCCUCAUCAAAUUCACCCACCAAGACGACUCCGGCACCACCAUCUCAAACUCCCUAACCACGCGCCUCCUCAUCGCCGCCGACGGCCCCUCCUCCACAAUCCGCUCGUUCCUCGAACCCCAGAUUAAACGCACCUACGCGGGCUACGUCGUAAUCCGCGGCACCGUCCCAGAGACCGAAGCCUCCGAAGCCUCCCUCUCCGUCUUCCGCGAACGCUUCUGCUUCUUCCACGCUCCCGGCACCCAAAACCUCACCUACACCAUCGCGGGCGAAAACGGCACCACAGCCCCCGGAACCCGCCUCCUAAACUUCGUCUGGUACGCCAACUUCCCCGCAGAAUCCCCGGAGCUCGAAAGACUCCUGACAGACAAAGACGGCCGUCGUCGCCACAUCACCAUCCCGCCCGGCAAAAUCGCCUGGGAGGCCUGGGAGAUGCUCAAAUCCAAAGCGGAGGAGAUGCUGCCCCCGCAAAUGGCUGAGAUGGCGCAGAAGACGCAGACGCCUUUCGUGCAGUGUAUCACGGACAUCAUUGCGCCUAAGAACCUGUAUAUGGACGAUAAAGUCGUGCUGGUAGGCGAUGCGUUGGCGGGGUUCCGGCCGCAUACUGUGGCGUCGACGUCGCAGGCGGCGUUUGAUGUUAUGAGUUUGGUCAAGUGGUUGGAUGGGGAUAUUGAGAGGGGUGAGUUUGUGGAGAGGGUGAUGGUGUACGCGAGGGAUGUCCAGGCCAAAGGGGUGAGAAUCGGGAAUCGCUCACAAUUCGAGGAGCUCGAUAUACAGGAGUAUAUUGAGGAUAGGAAUAUGAUGUCGAUUCCACACAAGGACAUUGUGUUUCCGGCGUGGACGAGGGAGGGGUUGGAUGAGAUUUGA